CAAACGGAUGUUACAACUGGUUAAACGUUUGAGGCGGCCCUCACAUACAGCAGUCUGGUGUUGACCACAGAGGCAAAACAACCAUGGCAGCUGUCCUGAAACUGUGUGUGGUCCUCAUCUGUCUUGGACUGGUGGAGUCACUCGUCAAAAACACUUAUAAAUGCUACUGUGACAAGUGCAAAAUAACGAAGAGUGUCUCAUUCAAGAAACCUAUAUACAGAUCAACUACGUAUCGUCAAAGAUAUACCACCAGCUGUGGAUUUUUGAGAUGGGGAAGGUGUACCAGAUACCGAACCGGCUUUAGGAGAACUUGUACUGGCUAUACCAUUGGUUACAAGAAUAUGUUCGUGUCUUGUCGACUGGGUUGCAGGUGUCCAACGACGUUUUACUGAAGCUUCUGGAAUCAAAGGCAUCCUGAACCAGAUCGUGAAUACACCCUGCCUUGCCCUGUCACCUACAUUCUCUAUAAGAUCAACAUCAAAGUUGUAGUGCACUGUAGAAUCUUAGAAAAUAUUUAUACAUGUAAUUAUAAAAUGGUCGUUAAGACAACGAUUUUGUGAAAGUUAUUCCACAGUGUUCCCACAUCAGAGAAUCUCUAACCUACAUGUACAGUCACCCAGAGUAGAAGACUUGUACAGUCACAUAAAGUAGAAGACUUGUCAUGUGUUUGUUUCUCUCUCAAUAUUCUUAUCUUUAGUGUUUAAACAGCAUAUUGUUUUUUCUAGUUUCCCAUUAAAAAAACUGCAGUAUCACGUUCA